AUGAGUGAAAAAGAGGCUUUGCAGCCGGACUCUCCUAAGACUGAAUCAGUGCCUAGUAAAAUCCCUAUAGCUAUAAUAGGAGGUCAUGGGCUCUCCGACGCAUCUAGGAAAACUGGUGAUCUUACUCUCUAUAACCUAUACUUCCAAGAAAUGGGCCUUCCUUAUAUCAUUUCAAUACUCGCCACAUCCAUUGGGUUCUGCUUUUGUAGCAGAUUUCCAAGCAUCUGGUUAAAGUGGUGGUCUAAUUCCGAAGCUGAGCAUAUCAGAGAUGAGGAUUCCCGGUACAUGAGUGGCUAUGCUGGAUUCGGAUUACUAGCAGCGAUAUUCUUCUUUAUGAAUUAUUGGGUUUUCAUGGUGAAGCCUGUGCCUCUUAUAGUAGUACGAUUACAUAGGAGAUUGCUGAGUGCUGUCGUUAUGGCCCCUUUAUUAUACCUCACUUCAAUCGAUAACGGGGUGAUAUUAAACCGAUUCAGCCAGGAUAUGUCGUUGAUAGAUAUGAGGCUUCCUGGCUUAAUGGUAAUGACUUUAGACGGUGCUCUUGAUAUAAUCGCCGAAGGAAUUCUUAUCGCACAAUCAUCUCUAUGGUCUGCCCUUAUGUAUCCCCUACUUAGAUUUUAUCUGCACACCUCACGCCAGAUUCGACAUCUGGAUCUUGAAGCAAAGUCACCACUAUUCUCUAGCUUCCUAGAGACCUCUAAGGGUAUUACCACGAUUCGAGCAUUUGGUUGGCAAGAGCGCUCUCGAUAG